ACAAACCAUGAUUAGCCAGUUCUUCCAGAUGGAUAGAUUGGUCGUUGAGGGCGGUGCUUCGGUAUCUCUCCUCCUAUGAGGUGUGAAGCCCGAUCAGAGCUGACCAUUGGACAGGGAAAACUGAAGGGUAGAAGGGGGGACAUUGUGCGGCAAAAGGAGCUCGGGUGAGACCUCCCCUUACACCGCUCCUCCGGGGUCCUGCUAACGACCGCCAAAAUAGUUGGGCCUAAGCGUUCGCUCUUUUUUUUUUUUCACUUUGCUUCACGUCUUGUUCAUAGAUGGGAUUCGUUAGUUUGGUUAAUUCCGCAGUCUCAUUCCCAGCUGUACCGUACUGCGCGUACCGUACUACCGGCCAUCGACAGCCCAGAUAGUAGUAAUGGGUGGACCGUAUUAUCAUACCAGUUUAUCUAU